AUGCUCACGAAUGGUGUCCAAUCAAAUGUCCUUCGUUCUGAAUCUUCAACCGUCGAUGCCAUAUGCCGCAACGUGGUAUAUUCCAUAACGCUUCUUAGCAAACGACAGCUUCUGGAUCUCGUCGACAUUGACAAGUGUAAAGACUACACAUUCUUGGGAGAAGAUGUGUUGGCGUCGGCAGGACGAGGGGACCACUAUUGCUACAAGAAGGUUGCACCUGUGCUCUGCGAAACCAAAUACUCUCCCAGCAAAACAGUGCCCAACUGUGAACAUAUCAAGUCGAAGUUUGUAUCCAUAUUGAAUUCAUGUAUGCAGGAGACUGAUUCUGAUCUGAGUGAAUGCAACUGCUCGGGGAUCAACUAUGAAACCCUGACUAUUACUGACCCGCUAGUGUUUUGCAAACUGAGCUUUGUUUUACAACGGGAUGGGGUGCAAAUUUCCUUCAAGAACAACGAGCUGGAUGAUUGCAAGUCUAUGGCUGAUAGCUACAACCACUGCCAGAGCAUCGGAAAAGCCUUUCAACAUCCGAAAUAUUGCAUAGACGCUGUGCACGAUGAAGCAUACAACAGUUUGUGUAGGAAUAUUAUCCUACCGUUUAUCUUUUCCAUGAUGAAGGACGUUGAUCAGAAUUUAUCUCUCAACUUGUGUAUGAAUUCGGAUGAACUCGUCGAGAAAUUUGUGUUAGCUAAACGGGAUGCCUUGAUGGCCAGUAGUCAAAAGCUCCUAGAUACUAUGGAGUCUGACUUCGCAUUCAAGUUGUGGAAGGUAGAUAUGGAACAGAAGGUUCAGAACUUAAAGUCUGACAUGCAACAAGUCUUCAAGUAUUUCAAUGCUGCGACAAGAUACACAAACAGAUGGUUUGCGUUCUCGUACUACUUCGAUCCUCUGGUGAGAUCUGAGGCCAGUAGGGCGUUGCAACUCUGCGAAAAAAUGCUAAUGCGUGCCAAUGCCAUUUCCACUGAUAUAGAGAGCGUGACGUCUUUCGUCAAGAAGAUAGACCCAUUAUUUCAGCUUUGUGAACAAGUUCAACAAACAUUGAUUCAUUUCAAACAGUUCCACACUUUGGCAACGUUCAGGCGCAUCAGUAGUUUGUUGAAUUCCGUCAGUGAGAUUGUAUCGCAACGCGUGUCUACGAUCGGAUCGUUACUGGAUACGCAUUUGAACAAGCUGCAGAAUUCCGACGAAGAAAGUCGCGUGCACGCAUUAGUUGGAGAGAUGAAGUCCCUUGCCGCGCUUCAUGAAGCACAAAUUAUGUGGUUAAUUCGAGGACGUGGGAAACAGUCAAGUCGUGCGUUCACGCGAUCUGUUGGUUAUCAGCAAACAGCGAAGGAAGCAACCUGA